AUGGACUCGAAUGAGGCAUCAUGUAGCAGCAUUCGGCUCAUAAGGCAUCACCUGAUCAUUGGCUCCCUAUCUGGCUGCCUUGCGAUCGUGGAUGUUGCCAGUCAAACGGAAGUCCGGCAUUUCAAUUUGGCUCCCAUCGUAGGGCUCCAGCUCUGCAAAUACCACUGUCAAGAGUGGCUGCUGAUCGAGACCACUGCGGAGCCCAAGCACUGGAAGCUUCUCCUGGCCACCACGAUCGAGAGGCCUGCCUGGAAAAGCAGCGACGGAGCAGAGCCGCGGAAACUGGAGUGGACCAUUACCGAGGGCCAGGCGCUCCCAACCUCUUCCAGCGAGCACUUCGAGCUCGAGCCCUUGACUGGAAUGCCAACGCUGUACAUGCUCCUGGUUGUGAAGCGGGGGCGAAGUGAAGCGGUGCUGGAACGCGAGAACGAAGUCUUGGGAAUGCUCGUGGAUGAGGCAGAUCCUGCAGAUGGUGGAGACCACCAACUGAGCAUGCUUCUUUCAUUGCCGUCCUUCCCGGAGGAUCCGCUGGCCCGUGUGGAUUUGCCGAUCAGUGCAGCCCCACCUAGCGCAGCAGGCCGGAGGCUGGUGGAUCUAGUGCUUAUUCUCGGCGGCGGCCUGUUCCUGUCGGUUCUCCACUUGGGCGGAGCCGAAUCGAAGAGCCUUGUGCUGCUGACGACGGCUAAGCCACAGCCGUACUUUGCAGCCCGCAGCGGGCCCGUCAACAUUGUCGUGCAAGAGUUGGAGGUUCCCGGCCGCAUCGUCGGCGCCUCCUCGGCAUACCCCUCCUGGUCCGGUGAGGAUGGGAGGGAAACAACCUUGGCCUUCGUGUGGACCAUGAACGAAGUUUUCCGGCUGUCUGCUUCGCCGGAGAAGGUUUGUGAACUCCUGCAGUCGGAGUCGGUGGCAGCGCUGCCGGCUAUGCUGACACAAGAAGCUGAUGCUGCGGAACCUCCAGAGAUUCAGGAAGGCAUUCCGCACGAAGUGCCUCGGAUGGACCUUGAAGCAGUGCUUCCGCUGCUGUGCUGGGCCUUAGAU